GCUCGCAUCCCAAUUUCUGCCGGCACUUCGUGGCCUACCCUCGGUGGACCCGGGAGCUGGGAGCGGCGGGGACCGGUCGGCGCUCACGGAGGACGAGUCACCAGGUUUCAAGAUGCUGCGAUUACAAAGGACCAAACUGGGUGGGCUGGGGCUCAGCCUUUUCAGAGGGCUUCACCACAAACCUGUGAUGGCCGUGAGGCGGGAGGAUGUGAACGCCUGGGAGAGAAGGGCCCCGCUGGCCCCCCGGCACGUCAAAGGGAUCACCAACCUGGGGUACAAGGUCUUAAUACAGCCUUCCAAUCGCCGGGCCAUUCACGAUAAGGAAUAUGUCAAAGCUGGCGGCAUCCUUCAGGAGGAUAUUUCUGAAGCUUGUCUAAUUUUGGGAGUGAAGAGACCCCCAGAGGAUAAAUUGAUACCCAAGAAGACGUAUGCAUUCUUCUCUCACACAAUAAAGGCCCAGGAGGCCAACAUGGGCUUGUUGGAUGAGAUUCUAAAACAGGAAAUCCGACUUAUUGAUUAUGAGAAAAUGGUGGAUCAUAGAGGAAUUCGGGUAGUGGCAUUUGGGCAGUGGGCAGGUGUGGCAGGGAUGAUCAACAUUUUACAUGGAAUGGGUUUAAGGCUCCUUGCUUUGGGACAUCACACACCUUUUAUGCACAUUGGCAUGGCUCAUAACUAUAGGAACAGCAGUCAGGCUGUGCAAGCUGUCCGUGAUGCUGGCUAUGAAAUAUCUCUGGGUUUGAUGCCCAAGUCAAUAGGGCCCCUAACAUUUGUGUUCACAGGGACUGGUAAUGUAUCAAAGGGAGCCCAAGAAAUCUUCAAUGAACUACCCUGUGAAUAUGUGGAACCACAUGAAUUGAAAGAAGUUUCCCAAACUGGAGACCUGAGAAAAGUGUAUGGAACAGUGUUAAGUCGCCAUCAUCAUCUUGUCAGGAAAACAGAUGGUAUAUAUGAUCCUGUAGACUAUGACAAAUAUCCUGAGAACUACAUAAGUCGUUUUAAUACUGAUAUUGCACCCUAUACAAGCUGUUUUAUUAAUGGAAUCUACUGGGAAACAAACACCCCUCGUCUACUGACCCGCCAAGACGCUGAGAGUCUCCUGGCUCCAGGCAAGUCCCCGAUUGUUGGUGUGGAAGGCUGCCCUACAUUGCCACACAAACUUGUGGCAAUAUGUGACAUUUCAGCUGACACAGGAGGAUCUAUAGAGUUUAUGACUGAAUGCACGACAAUAGAGCAUCCCUUCUGCAUGUAUGAUGCAGACCAGCAUAUUAUUCAUGACAGGAAAUAUAAUGGAGUGGACAUCUGGAAAAGUUGGUUUACAGCAAAGGUUUCGUACAGCCAAAUAAAGCGUGUUGCUUCUCCUAGUGUUGAAGGUUCUGGGAUUCUGAUGUGUUCCAUUGACAAUCUGCCGGCACAGCUUCCAAUUGAAGCUACGGAAUACUUUGGCGACAUGCUUUAUCCUUAUGUCGAAGAAAUGAUAUUAUCAGAUGCAACACAGCCUCUUGAAAGUCAAAAUUUUUCUCCUGUGGUACGAGAUGCAGUGAUUGCAUCCAAUGGUACAUUGCCUGAUAAGUACAAAUAUAUCCAGAAACUACGAGAGAGCAGGGAGCGUGCUCAGUCACUUUCAAUGGCUACCAAGAAAAAGGUUUUGGUUCUUGGGACUGGUUACGUAUCUGAGCCUGUAUUGGAAUACCUGUCAAGAGAUGCCAAUAUAGAAAUAACAGUAGGCUCUGACAUAAAGAAUCAAAUUGAACUGUUAGGCAAGAAAUAUAAUAUUAAUCCUGUUAUCAUGGAGAUUGGUAAACAAGAAGAGAAGUUGGGCUCCUUGGUGGCAAAACAGGAUCUUGUCAUCAGCUUGUUGCCUUAUGUAUUACAUCCUUUUGUGGCCAAGGCAUGCAUCACAAGCAAAGUCAACAUGGUCACUGCAAGCUACAUCACCCCAGCGCUGAAAGAAUUAGAAAAGAGUGUGGAAGAUGCUGGCAUCACAGUCAUUGGCGAAUUGGGGUUGGACCCUGGUCUUGACCAUAUGUUGGCAAUGGAAACAAUAGAUAAAGCCAAAGAAGUGGGAGCCACGAUUGAAUCCUACAUUUCCUACUGUGGCGGGCUUCCGGCCCCUGAGCAUUCUGACAAUCCUUUGAGAUACAAGUUUAGCUGGAGUCCAGUGGGAGUUCUGAUGAACAUAAUGCAGCCUGCCACCUACCUGCUCAAUGGAAAGGUUGUGAAUGUUGCAGGGGGGGUCUCCUUUCUUGAUGCGGUGACUCCCAUGGAUUAUUACCCCGGAUUAAAUUUGGAAGGCUAUCCCAACAGAGACAGUACCAAGUACGCUGAGGUUUAUGGCAUCUCGUCUGCUCACACUUUGCUGCGGGGGACACUGAGAUACAAGGGAUAUGCCAAAGCCUUGAAUGGGUUUGUGAAAUUGGGUCUUAUAAACAGAGAUGCAUUUCCUGCCCUUCAACACGAGGCCAAGCCUCUCACCUGGAAAGAGCUCCUCUGUGAUCUCGUUGGGAUUUCACGCUCCUCCAAGCAUGAUGUGCUGAAGGAAGCUGUCUCUAAGAAACUAGGAGGAGAUGAUACACAGAUGGCAGCUGUUGAACAGUUGGGGUUACUUGGGAAUGAACAAGUCCCGCGGGCCGAGUCUGUUGUGGAUGCGCUUUCCAAGCAUUUGGCCAUGAAACUGUCCUAUGGUCCUGGAGAGAAAGAUAUGAUUGUGAUGAGAGACAGCUUUGGAAUCAGACAUCCUUCUGGACAUUUAGAAAAUAAAACGAUUGAUCUUGUGGUUUACGGAGACGUCAAAGGCUUCUCAGCCAUGGCUAAAACUGUGGGGUUACCCACUGCUAUGGCGGCCAAGAUGUUGCUGGAUGGUGAAAUUCAAGCAAAAGGCCUGAUAGGGCCCUUUUCAAAGGAGAUCUACAGACCGAUAUUGGAGCGCAUUAAAGCAGAAGGCAUUAUCUAUACCACACAGAGCACGAUCAGCUCUUAAUUGAGAAUUAUAUUUUGCUUUCAUCUUCCCUGGAAACACAGCUCUGAAUAUUUGUGCAACACACGUUUGCUACUGUGCCAUUUUAAAAUAUAAAACAUGAUAUGUUUUGAUUGUCAUUACAAUGGUGUUUUGAAAUAUAAAUCUCUAUUUUAAUACGAAAACAUUUGAAACAGGAAAUGCCAGUAAUUACCAGAGAACGUUAAUAAUUCUAUUAUGUAUUUUUUCAUGUGUAUGUAAAAGUGAUAAUGAUUGUGCUAUUUGUUAAUUUAUUGUGCAACUUUUUUUCCUACAAGAAUGUAUUUUCCUAUAUUCAGCAGAUGCAGGUUCAUCUUUUUAGAUAUAAAAAAAUUUCCUCAACACCACAGAAAUGCAAAGGAUCAUAAGAGGCUACUACAAACAAUUAUAUGUCAGCAAAUUAGAAAAUCUAGAAGAAAUGGAUAAAUUCCUAGAAACACACAACCUUCCAAGACUGAAAUCAUGAAGAAAUAGAAAAUCUGACUAGACCAAUUACAUGUAAUGAAAUUGAAUUAGUAAUUUAAAAACACUCCCAAAAUAAAAGGUCAGGACUAGACGGUUUCAUAGGUAAAUUCUACCAAACAUUUAAGAAGAGCUAACACCUAUCUUUCUCAAAUUAUUCCAAGAAAUUAGAGAGGAAGGAACACUUCCAAACUCAUAGGAAUAGAUUGACAGUCCAGAAAUAACCUUCAUAUUUAUGGUCAAUUGAUUUUUGAAAAGGGUGCUAAGACAAUUUAAUAGAGGAAAAUAGUCUUUUCACCAAAUGGUGCUGGAACAACUGUAUAUCCACAUGCGAAGGAAUUGAAGAUGGACUCUUGCCUCACAGCACAUAUAAAAAUUAACUCAAAGUGAACCAAAGAGCAAACAUUAUAAAACUUAGAAAAACAUCGUAGGUGUAAGUCUUCAUGACCUUGGAUUAGACAAUGGUUUCUUGAAUAAAUGACACCAAAAGUACAGCAACAAAAGGGAAAAAAUACAUAAAUUAGGCAUCAUUAGAAAUUAAAAAAAAUUUGUGCUUCCAAAAGUGCCAUCAUGAAAGCAAAAAGACAAUCCACAAAAUGAGAGAAGAUUUUUGCAAAUCAUAUAUCAGGUGAGGGAGGAACUUGUAUUUAGACUAUAUGAAGAACUACUAUAACCCAAUAAAAAGACAAAGAUCCCAAUUUAAAGAAGUGGACAAAGGAUCUGAAAUGACAGUUUUCCAAAGAAGAUAUAAAAAGGCCAGUAAACACAUGAAAAAAUGCUCAACCUCAUUAGCUAUCAGGAAAUGCAAAUCACACUUACAGUGAAAUACCACUUCAUACUCACCAGGAUAAU